AUGGAAGCUCAAAUGCACAUGCAAAUUCCGUUGUUUAAUGGAGAGGAUCAUGAGAUCUGGAGUAUAAAGAUGAAGACUCUCUUGAUGGCUCGUGACCUGUGGGAUGUUGUAGAGAGUGGAGUCUCGGAAGAAACCAAGAAAGAUCUGAGAAUCAAGGAUAUGACGGCUCUUCAUAUGCUGCAAAUGUCAGUAACAGAUUCUAUCUUUCUCAGGAUAGGAAGAGCUACAUCGUCCAAGCAAGCAUGGGAGAUUCUCAAGGCAGAUUUUGGAGAGACCGAGCUGAUUCAGAGUGGGAAAAGGGAGGAUCUGGUGUUGGAGUUUUAUGACAUGAGGAUGAAAAACGAAGAAAGCUUUCAUGAGUUCAUUGAGAAGUUCAUGGAAGUCGUGAGCCGGUCAAAGUUUUAUGGACACGAGAUUACUGAUCAAGAGCUCAUCCGUAGGGUUCUUCGCAGUUUGGCUCCAAGGUUUAAUCAGUAUGUAAUCAACGUUCGUUCUGAAGAUUAUACACUCAGUGAACUUCUGUAUAUCUUGGGAGAAUUCGACCGUGAACUCGCUUCGCAAAACCAAGAAGCUGCGCAGCUCCACUCUAACAACAAGAGAGGAAGGCGAUAG